CUUUGUUUACAGCAGUGAGUGAAAAGAAAGUAACGGGAACUCCACGCAACUGAAAAAGUCGAUCGUUUUUGGAUAUUCCACACCAAAAACAAUGGUGGCAAUGGCAAAACGACUCAAGACUUUCCAGAUUGUCUUUACGGACCCCAGUAAGACAUUUUACUGCGGAGGGGACAGGCUGUCGGGCCGGGUGGAGGUGGAAGUGAACGAGGUGACCAGAGUAUCUGCAGUGAAGCUUCUGGGUCUUGGCUGCGCCAAAGUGGGGUACUCUAAAGGCAAGCAGCGAUGUCGACAGGAGGCUGAAUACCUCCGACAUGAGGAGACGUUAAAGCUGGAUGGACAACCGACUGACUCUGAUGGAUCAGUCGUCUUGAGGCCUGGAAACAAAUACGAGUACACAUUUGAAUUUGAGCUCCCUCAGAACGGGCAGCUGGUGUCGUCAUACAAAGGAAAGUUCGGUUAUGUCCACUACUAUGUGAAGGCUGUGAUGGAGAGGCCACAGCAGCCCUGCCUGGAGUGCAAGAAACCCUUCGAGGUGGAGGAGCCUUUGGAUGUGAACACCCCCGACCUGCUGUCUCCCGCAGGCGGCAUGAAGGAGAAGAAAGUCACCUGCAUGUUCAUCCCAGACGGCCAGGUGUCGCUCAACGCAAAAAUUGACCGCCGUGGUUUCUGCGAGGGUGAGGAUAUCUGCAUCAAUGCAAAGUUUGAGAACACCUGCUCCCGUAUCGUGGUCCCGAAAGCCGCCAUCAUUGCCAAACACACAUACCAGGCCAACGGGCGGACCAAAGUGUUUCGUCAGAAGUUGUCAGCAGUGCGAGGUAACCACAUCAUUUCUGGGAUGUGCGAUGCCUGGCAGGGGAAGACAAUCAGGGUGCCCAAGAUCAAACCAUCCAUGCUUGGCUGCAACAUCAUCCGGGUGGAGUACGCCCUCAUGAUCUACGUCCACAUCCCAGGCAGCGAGAAGCUGAUCCUGGAGCUGCCCUUGGUCAUUGGGACUGCUGGCCUCGGCAGCCGCAGCAACAGCGUGAGCAGCCAGGAGGGUUCGAUCAGCAAUGCCUCACAGAGCUGGGUGUCCCUUAGGAUGCCCUCCGAGCCUCCAAGCUACUGUGACAUCACCCGGGACUGCCGCCUGGACCAGCCACUCACGCCGCUGCUCGAUGACGUGGACGGAGAUGACAGUCCGAUCUUCAUGAACGACCCAUCCUUCGUGUUUCCCCCACCUCCAGCCUACACAGAGGCAGAGGAGGAGUUUAACGGAAAUGCCCGCAUGCUGCCAGUCUGCUGAAGUCGGCAGGGACUCCUAAACUGGUCCAGCUCUCAGGGACCGAUCAUUUAAACGCACUUGAAAAGGAGCAUGAGGUCCAAACUCCCGAGUGUUUGAUGGAGGAGUGGAGCCAGGUCUGAGGAGAUGGACUGAUCCUGUGCUCGCCUGUCGCUUCGUAACUUUUGCCCUUCAUCGCCUGAGUCUUCCUCCUGGCGUUCAUCAGGUCCUGGACCUAGAGGCCGAGUCUCCGAGCCUGUGCAGUGCUACAUUUCUGAAUAAGCUGUCCUUUUGAAAGACCCUCAGACACUUUAUGACUUUAAAAAUCAGGGCUGAGCAGUAAAUGAGUUGCCCCCCGUCUGCUGUGCUUUAUUAGGGUUUCUCUCUCCCUCACCAUUCCAGUCAAACUCCAGAGGAACACUCCAUCCUGUUGACAAGCGUGUUGCUGUCAGGAAUAUUACCGAGCAUGCUAAGAAGACCCCAUGGCGCCUUUAUUCUGUCUGUCUGAAGCCAUUUUUAUUCCUGUAUGUAUUUGCACUUUUUGGUUGAUGAUGCAGUUUGCUCUACUACUGCCUAAAGAGUUUCUGUUUGUUUUGUUUGAACAAUAUUUGUGUAGUGGAGUGAUUUAUAUUUUAACCUCGCGUCAUGUUUCCAUAUAAGGGCUUAGCUUAGCUUAGUGCCAACAUGUUCCACCAACACGCUCCAGUCUGAUGGGACGCACUUUGUGUGAGGAUAAUCAUUUUUCUGUCGUUGUCCAAGACAACAUUUCAUUCCACUGUGGUGGUUUCAUAACUUCUGUUCUAUCAGGGCGCAAAGAAAAUCACUGUUAAAGACUGAUUUGUGACAAAGCAUGUUUGCAAUGCAUCCUUGAUAUACUUUAAACAAGUAUUUUUGUAUGAAACCCUAUGGGUUAUUUUUUUAUAAUAAAGAAAUAUUCAAAAUA